AUGGACGAAUUUAACACAGAGUCUUAUAACACUGUCUGCUUAGUUUCUUCCACGAUUGGUAUAUUAGGAUCAAUUUAUCAGAUAUUUCCUCAUGGAACUUCAAAACAUCAUGAUAGGUUCCAAAAUUUGACUUCUACCCGUGGAAGGCAUAUUAUAAUUUGGCUAGCUGUUGCAGAUUUACUGGCAUCAUUUGGGGUUUUAGUGCGCUCAUCACUUUGGCUACAGUACAAAAGCAUAAUGCCAUUACCUGAUGAUGAAACAAGUGUAUUAUUUUGCAGUAUAUCUUCAGCCUGGACUCAGUACUUUUAUACAGCAACUUGGUUUUGGACUUUAUUCUAUGCUAUUGAUACUUUACGUACAAUUAAAGGCAGAGACCCAUAUCCUGUACUCUAUCAUUCUAUUGCCUGGGGUGUGCCUGCAGCCACUACUGGAAUUGGUUUGUCCAUACUGUAUAUUCCUAACGCAACGUGUCAUAAUUUAAAAACAGUAACAAGUGCCUUCUUCAGAAUUUUGCCAAAUUAUUUUGCUACCUAUUUACCUAUAGCCAUGGUAAUGAUAGUUAACCCAAUUUUGUAUGUGUUAGCUGGAAGAGAAGUUGAGAUGACUGUGGCAUUACCCCUUGCACAGUUCACUAGUAAGGAGCGAAGGGUGGUUGAUGCACUUAAAUUAAAGUUUUUCCUGAUAAAUGCAGUUUUUUAUGUGUGUUGGUUACCAAAUCUUAUAAAUGGCGUAAUGAUAUGGACAAUGUGGUUCAAUAUGCCAGUCAAAAUUAUCAUCUCGAUUUGGUAUAUAAUGGCAUUAAUGAAUCCCAUGCAAGCAUUGCUUAAUGCAUUAGUAUAUCGCAGGUGGAAUACCAAUGGCAGGAAAUAUGAUCCAAUAUUUUCUUCAAUACAAAAAGAACUUCAUAUUCAUGAUGAACAAUCACCACUCCUCGGUUCAGAACCCCCACGAUUGCAGUUAUCACCCUUACCUCCCAAUAUUUAUAAUUAUGCUACUAUG